AAGAAACUGGCCGCAGUGCGCAUGUGUGCGGAUGUGCCUUGGCUCUUCGGGUAAAGAUGGCGGAGCGAGGUUACAGCUUUUCGCUGACAACAUUCAGCCCGUCUGGUAAACUUGUCCAGAUUGAAUAUGCUUUGGCUGCUGUAGCUGGAGGAGCCCCUUCAGUGGGAAUUAAAGCUGCAAAUGGUGUGGUAUUAGCAACUGAGAAGAAACAGAAAUCCAUUCUGUAUGAUGAGCGAAGUGUCCACAAAGUGGAGCCAAUUACCAAGCAUAUAGGCUUGGUGUAUAGUGGCAUGGGCCCAGAUUACAGAGUGCUUGUGCACAGAGCUCGGAAACUAGCUCAGCAAUACUAUCUUGUUUACCAAGAACCCAUUCCCACAGCUCAGCUGGUACAGAGAGUAGCUUCUGUGAUGCAAGAAUACACCCAGUCAGGUGGUGUUCGUCCUUUUGGAGUUUCUUUACUAAUUUGUGGUUGGAAUGAGGGACGACCGUAUUUAUUUCAGUCAGACCCAUCUGGAGCUUACUUUGCCUGGAAAGCCACAGCAAUGGGAAAGAACUAUGUGAAUGGGAAAACUUUCCUUGAGAAAAGAUAUAAUGAAGAUCUGGAACUUGAAGAUGCCAUUCAUACAGCCAUAUUAACCCUAAAGGAAAGCUUUGAAGGGCAAAUGACAGAAGAUAACAUAGAAGUUGGAAUCUGUAAUGAAGCUGGAUUUAGGAGGCUUACUCCAACCGAAGUGAAGGAUUACUUGGCUGCCAUAGCAUAAUAAUGAAGUGACUGAAAAUUCCGGAAUUUCAGAUAAUCUCUCUACUUAAACGUGUUUAAAGUAUGUUUUGUUUUGCAGACUUUUUGCAUACUUAUUUCUACAUGGUUUAAUGGACUGAUGUUUUUAAAAUGACACAAAUCAUAAUAAACUGUUAAAUCCAA